AAGUGGUUCCAUGGGUUCCAUUCUCCCUUUCUGUGUGGAGUUUGCAUGUUCUCCCCGUGCGUGUGUGGGGUUUUCUCCGGGUACUCCGGUUUCCUCCCACAUUCCAAAAACAUGCAUGUUAGGUUCAUUGGAGACUCUAAAUUGUCCACAGUGAGCAAAGCUAGCUUCCACUUAAUUAGCAGACCGUGUUGUAACACCGUGACGUAACUACGUCACCACGCCCCAGCACACGCUGACACACAAUACAAAACUAGUAAAUAAACAUAUUUACACAUACAAAAUAUAACAAUAAUGCUUUAAGUGUUUUGGUGAAAUUAACAACAGAUUUAAACUUGUUACAUUUACACCACAUUGCUCAACUCUUAUGCUGCAGGGACUCGAGAUGGCCACUAGCUAGCAGGCUAUCGAGUUAGUCUCAAAUUUAUUUCUUCGAAACAUAAGAAGCCAAAAACGUACCACUUCCACAUGUGACGGGAGGAAACCUUUUUUCCAGUCUAUCAUGUGGGACGUGCCAUGGCUGACUUCAUGCAGUGUUGAGGUAAUGUAAUGUAAGCUUAUGUCUCAAUGUUUUGUAUCAUUACUGCCACCCAGUGGCCACAAUGCUAUCUAUUACUUGUAUUUUAAUGUUUUGACUCAUAAUAGACCAUAAUCUACGACCAAACAGUCAUCAUUUAUUAAUUCAUUAAUCUUUGAAAAAACACCAUAUAGAGAAAGCGCAUAUUGCAAGGUCCUAAAUACAUUUCUCUUAUUAUGUCUACAGUGGGUAAUAGGAGUGUAAAGGUCACUCUAGGGGUGUUAUUUCAUUUUGAGAGGGCUCUAACUAUGUUAAAAAGCAUAUUUAGAAAGUAAACCGGUUUUUUAUACUCUACCAAAAUAUUCCAUUUCUGAAGAAGGAAUCCUACUUUGCGGAAAGUCACUCAUCACGGCCGUUUGUUUCUUCACUGCAUUUGCACACUGGGAUUGUCUGCCCUGUCUGUAGUAUCCUUCCAGUUGCAAUUCUUUAACAAAUCUUCUUCUUCUUGUAUGUGUAUGCGUGUGUCAUCCAUUAGUUUGCAUCUACUAGUCAGGUCUGAAAAAGCCUUUGCACUAAUGAACUUUAGCCAGCUAAUUCUUUCUGGGCUGGCGACGACAACAACACAACAAAACCCACAACAUGUCCUUGACCGCCACACAACAACUACACAAAUGAAGUCAUCCGCCCGAAAAUAACAUUUCAUAUUUUGGUUGUUUUUUGUGGGGUGUUUUUAUGUUCUUGCUUUUCUGUUUUUUUGGUUUUUAAUCCCAUGCGGCCACAAGAGUCCAACGAGGGCGAUCGACCCAGCGAGGAAGCCAGCGAGGAAGCUAAUGACUCAUGAAGUCACUGCAGAUUGGCUGGUGACCAGUCCAGGGUGGACCCCGCCUCUCGCCUGAAGUCAGCUGGGAUGGGCUCCAGCAUACCCCCGCGACCCUAAUUAGGAUUGGAUUGGAUUGGAUGGGAUGGAUGGGAUGGGAUGGAUGGAUGGAUGGAUGGAUGGAUGGAUGGAUGGAUGCUUGUCUUGUAUUUUUUUCCCCCUCCAAUUGCUCUGACCAUUUUUGUGGAGUUGCACAAAGCCGAAAAUGGUCCUAUCUGGCAAUGUUAAAGAAUCCUUUCAAAAAUUCCUGGAUCCAGACGGUGAUCCGGAUCACCCCCAAAAUGUUCUUCCAUAUCCCAUUUCCGAAAAAUACUGAAAAUUUCAUCCAAAUCCAUUUGGAACUUUGAGUUAUUCUGAACACAAACAAACAGAUAACCAACGGCAAAAGCACAACCUCUGCCGCUUGCACUUAGGUAGGAGUUGAUUGUGAAUUCUAUCCCAUAAUAUCAUAUGGCCACGAGGCCGCACUUUGGACACACCUGCUGCAGAGGCUCCAUGAGCUAGCAUGUCGCUACAUAGACCAAGGUAUGCCUUAUAGGUUGUGGUGUGUGCGUAUGAGGUGUGUUUGGUACUGACCGUGCAGGGCUAUGGCCUCCCUGAAGGGCUGCAGGUCCGUCUCCACAGAACUGCCGGUCUCCGGUGGCGGCGGCCGGCUGGCGGCCACCAUGGCACCUCGAGGCGGGGCGCGGGGCGUCCGCGGAGGGGGGAUCUUCCCGCACAGGAAGCUGAUAAGGUCCUCCCGUCGGAUGGUUCUCCGGCGCUUCUUGACCCAGGCGAUCACCUCCUUGUUCCUGCGCUGAUAGCCAAUCUGGAUCCCCAGGUCGUAGCUGCGCUGGCGGGCCUCCGUGCUCUCUGCACAAUGACAAGCGAGGCUCUUUUAGGGGACCGGAACCCCAGGAAGACGCACAGCAGGCGUGAGGAGGACGUUUGCACCCUGGACGACUACUCCCAAGAGCGAGGGCCGACGGUGACGUUCAGCAACUUGCACUACUGUGUCCAAGAGAGCAGGUUCUGCCGCAGAAAAGGUCCAGUCAAGUCCAUCCUCAAAGAUGUCAGUGGCGUCAUGAGACCCGGGAUGAACGCCAUCAUGGGCGCCACAGGAAGUGGUAAAACAUCGCUUCUGGAUGUCAUUGCGGGAAGAAAAGAUCCCGCUGGACUUCGGCAAGGAAGCGUCCGGGUGGAUGGCAGGCUCGUGACCUCUGACCUCAGGCUCAGUUCUGCUUAUGUGGUUCAGGAUGACAUCCUGAUGGGAACGCUGACCGUCAGGGAGAGCCUCCUCUUCAGCGCCAACCUGCGCCUGGACCCUGGACGCCACUCGGCCGCAGAGAAGCGCAGCAGGGUGCUCGCUAUCAUAGACGACCUGGGCCUGGCUGACUGCGCGGACACCAAGAUCGGAACGGAGUUUCUGCGCGGGGUGUCGGGCGGCGAGAGGAAGCGCUGCAGCAUCGGGAUGGAGCUCAUCCCCUCUCCCUCUCUGCUCUUCCUGGACGAACCCACCACAGGGCUGGACUCCAACACCGCCAACUGCAUCAUCGGCCUGCUGCACAAACUCUCCAGGCGAGGCAAGACCGUCAUCUUCUCCAUCCACCAGCCGCGCUUCUCCAUCUUCCGGCACUUCGACCACCUGACUCUCAUGCAUAAAGGGGAGGUGGUGUACGCGGGGGUGGCCGACCGGGCGCUCCAGUACUUUACAAACCUGGGCUUCCAGAUUGAGCCCUUGGACAACCCUGCUGAUUUCUUCAUGGAUGUCACCAAUGGCGAGGCUCAAUCCUCUGUAGAAGAAAUCAACACAGCUGACUGUAAGAACAUCUUGGCAGUCAAGUACUAUCAGUCCCAGCUGUGCCGGGAUACGCUGCACGAGCUGGACCGUAUCGAACACCACAUUGCUGAUGGCAUCAUGGCUCAGCACAAGACUGAUGAUUAUGCCACUUCUUUCCUCUACCAGAUGCGCGUGGUGUGUGGCAGGACGGUCCUAAACACGCUGAGGAAUCCGCAGACGUCUUACGCCCAACUGGCUCUCAACAUCUUCUUUGCCAUUCUAGUGGGACUUAUUUAUUACCAAAUGCCCCUCACCCUGCCUGAAGCAUUACAGAACAGGAGCGGAGCUUUCUUCUUUCUUAUCAUCAACAUGGUGUUUGGGAAUCUCUCCGCCGUGGAGCUCUUCAUCAACGAGAGAGUCAUCUUCCUCCAUGAGAACUCCAGCGGCUACUACCGCACGUCCGUCUACUUCCUCUCCAAGAUUUUUGCCGACCUCAUCCCCAACCGCAUCGUUCCCAUCUUUCUGUUUUCGGCCAUCGCCUACUACAUGAUGGGACUGAAGCCGGCCUUCGCUGCCUUCUUGUGCUUCACUCUGACCAUGUCACUGGUCAGCCUGGCGGGGGUCAGCUUGGCCUUCCUCGUCUCCGCCAGCGUGUCUUCCUUCGCCAUGGCCAACAUCCUCAUCGCUCUGCCCUUUGUCUUCAUGAUGGUGAGUCACAAAGACGCAGCAGUGGCUUCUUGUCGUUUAUCCGCCACGUCUGUGUGUGUGUGUGUGUGUGUGUGUGUGUGUGUGUGUGUUUCAGGUGUUUGGCGGCUACCUGGUCAACCUCAACGCCAUGCUGAGCUGGCUCUCCUGGCUCAAGUGGAUCAGCAUCUUCAGAUAUGGACUGAACGCUGCGUUCAUCAACGAGAUGGCGGGACAGAUGUUCUACUCCAACACCAGCAUCAUCCCGGGAGAGCUGUUCCUCCGCAACCAGGACAUCGACUACUCCACGUGGGGCUUCUGGCAGAACCAGGUGGCCCUGCUGGGGAUCAUACUGGUCUGCAUGUUCUUGGCCUAUGUUCAACUGCGGAGGAUCAACCGAUGGAAGUGAAGCACACUCAUCCCCUGACCUGCUGUACAUUAUUCCUAGCAUUUAUUGGACUGCACUCAACACGCUGCAACAGCAGCCGCACUACAAGACCAUCUGCAACAACCUCACAGACCUCCAUCAAGGCCACACUGUUAACAAAAGAGGAGGAAACAAUGUGCGGCAUUGUACAGUAAUCCAUCGUUUACGGAGGUUAAUUGAUUCCAGUCCCUACCGUGGUAAGUGAAUUGCUUCGAGUAGGACAUCUUCAUUUUUAAAUGGAAUAUUUUCACAGUUAGAGCAUAGAAAACAUGUUUAUAAUCUUCUAAAUAUGGUUUCUAACACUACUGGAGCUCUGUAGAUAUGAAAUAACACCCCUAUAGUCACCUUUACACUGCUAUUACCCAAAAUAGUAGACAUAAUAAGAGAAAAUAAGACAUUGAUGAACAGAAAGAUAAAUGACAGGAUGUCCCUGUGAUGUCCCUGAAUGCUUCUCGCAUUCUUGCCAUGAGAAUGAGGAAGUGUCAUUCCCAGGAAGGACGGACUAGAGACGUGUGAGUUGGAGAUACAUGUCAUUACGCAAUACGUACCCGGAACGCAAUCGGUCCCUUGCAUGCGCAAGGACUACGUCACUUCCUCCUUUAGCUAAUUUUUACAACAGCGCUUCUGCUGCAUGACAUGCUGUGAUGGUUAUUAUUUUUUAAAUAUAUGACCAUAAAUGAUUAGUAACCAUACUUUCUACAUGUAAUAUAUUGGGAGGUUAUUUUAUGAAUGACUCUUGUUAAAAGACUUCGUUAGCAUGCGGAUGUGUCUAUCGUCUUAUGACAUCCACCAAGACUGAGCUAUGUAAAACCUUACGCAAUGCACGUAGCGCAGACGUAAACGUCAUAUCCGGUUACGUGUACCAUACGUAAGUAGAAUCAAACACAUAAAAUGCAGUAAUAUUUCAAUGUAAACAACCAUAAGCAGAGUGCAAUGAUGGAUCUAUCAGCUAGAGAAGGGGUCUCAAACCCGUGGCCCGUGGGCCAUUUGCGGCCCGCCGAGUCACAUUUUGCGGCCCGUGACUUGUCUUCAAAGAUGACUGUAAUACGGCGUGCAGCAAGCCAAUGUUACUCGUAGGAUGCACACAUAAGCCUACACUGAACUAAGAGUGAGUGAGCCACUUACAAAAUGUGGUAAAAAAAAUUCCACCCAUUUUCUAUACCGCUUGUCUUCAUUAGGGUCACGGGUAAGCUGGAGCCUAUCCCAGCUGAAUGCAGCGAAAUAUAAACUGUGAAAUUAUUUAUUUAUUUGAUUCACCCUAUUACUGUAUCAAGAUAUUAUUGUUAGUGAGCCAUGUAUUGCGUGUUGUAUCGUGAGGUACCCCGAGAUUCCCAGCCCUACUCCCAAUACUUGAUGCGGCCCAGCCUCACUCAGACUCUACCUCCAGCGGCCCCCAGGUAAAUUGUGUUUGAGACCCCUGAUCUAGAGGAUUGAGCUAGAGGUUUUAUUUCAAAACGGAGAUAUCCCAUCCAUCCAAACAUAUCUUCCUAGCAAAUGCUUUUGUGUGUAUUUUUUUCAGUGGUGCAAAAAAAAACAUAAAAUAAUUUAUGGAACAAAGAAAAGAGGGCUUAUAAAUUGUCCACUUGCACCAUGGAUAUAAUACGUUGUAAUUUCUCAAAUUUCUAUCUGUCUUAAUAACGUUUUUGGGAGUGGAGGAGGGACGUAUAUUGCUUGCUUGCGUAAAACAGAUGGACGGAUGGCGCAGAUUACACAUGCCUAACAUGUGACUGCCAUAAAAUAGGCCGACCGGAUGUAGAUGCGUGCUGCACAUGCGUAGAACCCAGUUGAACCGAUUGCAUCCUGGGUACGUAUUGCGUAGUGACAAUACAUACAGUGUAUGGUGCUGGAAUUGUACUGCGGUUGAUGUGUUCAGGUCAGAACGAAGUUAUAAAAGAGCGUCAGACUCUGUGACUGUGUGGGGGGGACGCGCCACUGUGAUUCCGUCUGCUCUCGUAACAGAGAGGCGUGCUUGCUCUGGCGCGCAUGCAUUAAUUACAUUAAAAAUGUAAUGUAAUUCAUGAAAUAAAUUAGUGACCGCUGUUAACGCGUUAUUUUUGACAGCCCCAAUUGUAAUUUGUAUUGUAACAUAAUGUGAAAAGGUCAUAAUAUUCCACUAUUAUGAGAGAAAAGUCCUCAUUUAAAACUACAGUGGAAGUAUGCAUAUUGAAAGGGCCAGAAUGAGUGCAUGUCCCCAAUGAAAUGUCCGGCCAUGUGGCGUAAAGGAGCUGUUUUCCACCUGAACAUGUGUGUUCUAAUAUUUGACUGCAUGGCGGAUAAUCUGUCACUAAGCACACCUGGCCCGUGCACGUGGGAAGCGUGCAGCAACAUUAAAGCCAACGUCUAAGACCUUACAAAGCUUCUUAUGAUGAAGGAACAUUAGCAAAGUGUGCUACUGCUCCUCAAGUGUACUAUUUUAUAGACUGUAAAGCAGGCACACACUUGACACCGUGCAGAAAUUACACUGAUUACAAGUAGCAACGCUUGUGAUAUGUUCUACUGACAUACAGUACUGAGGAGUGCAGUACAGCAGUAAUGAAAUGAGCUACUUUGAAAAGAUAGCUGCCAGAGUUUAAAAAAAAAGCACACACAAUAUAUCCAAUAUUUACAGUCGUCCCUCGUUUAUAGCGGUUCAUUGCUUACAGAUCCAACCGAAAUAUAGGAUUCAAAUAAAUGGAGUAUUGUAGUAUAGAAAACCAGUUUUUGGCUUUCUAAAUACAGUUUUAACAUUAUUAGAGCCCCGUAGACCUGAAAUAACACUAACUAACUAACUAACUUACACUCCUGUUAUUCUAUGUUUAGCUAGCGAGCUAACAAGCUAGCCUCAAGUUUAUUUCUUUUAAACUUAAGAGGCCAAAAACUUACCACUUCCACACGGGUUGAGAGGAGAACUUUUUUUUCACGCUUAUCAUGUCUGACAUGCUGACUUCAUGGUUUCAUGCAGUGUUAAGUAGUGAAGUGCGGAUCGAUACCAGGUCUUCAUGCUCUGAAAUCGAUUCUCAAAUCAAAAUAUCAUUUUCCAUGCUUCAGUCAUUUCAGGUGAAGUUAGUUGAAACGUUGACUGAUCGUAUAUGACGCCAUGUGUUUUAAAUUUUGUCAUUCUCAAUAAUUAAUCAUUUAUGAAAAUGCUUUUAUUAUUUUACUUAUUUUCUUUUUUUAUUGUUUAAAAUAGCAUUUUCACAUUUUUUAUGAUUUCGUCCUGUUUUUCUCUUGUUGUAUAUUACCUGGCUAUAUUGUACAUCACCCUGCUACCUCAGUAUACUUCAGGGUUUCAAAUCAAUAAAUAAAUCAUUUACAUUUAUGAUUAAAUUAUUAAUUUAUCUAAAUUAAUAUUUUUUUAAAUGAAUAUAUUCAUUAAAUGUCUUAUAUUCUUUUAUGGUAUGAUAUGAAAUACACUCCUUCUUAAAAAUGAGCCAGACCCAUUUGGUGAAAUUAAGUAUUGGUAUCGUCAAUGCCAGCCUGAAUUUGACUAAGUUUUGGAUCUGAAACAAAAUGAGUGUUAUCGCACAUCACUAAUCAUCACUGCCGCCUAGUGGCCAGAAUACUACAUAUGACUUGUAUUUCAAUAUGUUUUGACCAAUUAUAGACCAUAGUCGACCACCAAACAGCCAUCAUUUUUUCAUUCAUUUCUGAAAAACCGUGAUCUCCUGAUGGAGUGAUAAUCUAACAGCGAUAUUGCGAGGGAUGACUGUAUCUACAAUGAGGGGUAACAUGUGAAAUAUUGCUGGAAAAAUAAGCCAGUGUUAGCCUUGUUGGAAUAUUUUCAUGGCAUAGAAACAAUACUUUUUUAAAAACAAUAUUAGAGCCCUCUUAGACAUGAAAUAACACCCCUAUAGUCACCUUUACACUCCUUACCCAAGACAUAAUAAGAGAAAAUAAGACAUAAUAUAGAUUCACACACGUUAACAUUGGGAUAGUUCCUUGUUGGUCUUUUUUUUUUACUUCCUCCUCUGUACAGUUUCCUGCGAUGGCUAUUAUCGCAUCAGUGUAAAUGAAUACGACUUUUUAAACAUUGUUUUAAAAAAUUUAAAAAAAGAGUAGGACGGGGGAACCUUGGUUAGCGUCGUUCAUUCGUUCCAGGAGAUCCCACUCCAACCAAAACGGACGUUUUCCCCAUCAAAAUCAUGUAAAUCCACUUGCAGUGCAUUUAGAAUUGUUUUAUGCACCUAAAACUAUAACUGUAAAACUAUAAAAACAUGUUUUUUUCAAAUUUUUGAGUCCCCUGCUGAUGACACUACCAUUGUAAUUUUGUUUAGCUCACUAAUAGCAAGCUAACAAGGAAGGAUGUUUUGGGAUUGAAAAAGAAAACCCAAAACAUUAAGAACACAGUGUAUCAGCACAACAAGAUGUGCGUCAUAAACUGAGGCAAAAUUGUGGCGUACAUUUGUGACGCUAACCAAGGUUCCGCUGUACUUUUACUACAGCUAAGACUACACGACCUACUUCAUACUUCACAUCCUAAAAUCACACAAUCUUGUGUGUAAAGGAAUAAUUAAAAAAAAGAACAUUUGAGAUAAGAUCAGUGAGGACAAGCACUUUGUGUGCAUUGUGUGGUGUUUUUAGAAGUCACACUGCCAACUCCUGGCCUGGCACUGCACUGCAAAGAAAAUGUCUUCACUUGAUUUUUGUUGUGUAAAAAUACACUUAGUCAACACUUCAAAAUAUCUCCUCGAUAUAAUUUCUCCUUUAGAAGCUUUUCAUGCUGCUAGCACUCUUUUUCAGCGCGAGCGACACAGGCGUGUUUUCUAGUCCCCGCAGCCACUCGGUGCACUUGAGCACCACGCGCUCGUCCACGCCGCCGUCCUGCUCGUCUUCGUACUCCACGUCGUCGUACUUGUGCCGCUCGUUGAGCAGCGACACCUUCACCAUGGCGCUGACGUCAGUUCUGACAGCCGCUCGGCCUGCGGGGGCGCUGUGGCGCAGGGCGGAGGCUGGGUGCCUUCUGGAGAGCGGGUCCCUCCUGCGUCUGGAGUCCGGGACAUUGACGGAAACGCCAGCAUUGUUGGCGACAUUCCUAGCGGCCGAGCGCCGCUCGCUGUUCCUCCGCUGAAGCAGCAGCACGGCCUCGGGUGUGAGAGUUAGUGUGAAGCGUGUCUCGUCUGGAUGACUUUUAGCUCUGGUUCUCAGCUCAGGUUCACUCUUUAUUGAGUUGGUGUGUUUGCGCUGCUGGGUCUUGGUCAGGGACGCCCCCGAGCUGGAGGCAGGGCUGCUCUCUGGGGGUCCCUUUUUCUGCGGCCCUGGAAGUCCUCUAGAAGUCGGCAGGUGACUCCUGGGUGAGCUCUUCUUGCUCAGCUGCUUGAGGUUCAAAGCCAGGCGCUCUUUCACUGAGCUGCCUUUGUCUUCUUUGGCAGUCUUUGUCUUUGUCUUGUCGGCGGUGUCCACAGCUUUAUCCUUCCCGGUCAGUCCCGACAUGGAGCGAGCUAAUGACACGGGUGGUAUGAACGGCAUUUUGGAGACGCACAGGACGAGGUAAGUCAGGAGCUCGGUCUUCCGCUGGAACUUCAGGAAGUAAAAAGCCGCCAGGGAGGGAAAGGAUCGAGUGAAGAAGGCGAGGUACUUUGGAGCAUGUUGGGCCAUGCAGGGCUCGCUCGGUGCCCGGAGCCUCAUAUACUGGACAGGUGACACCCUGAGGUCGCCUUAUACCUGGUCAGGACAGGAGGGGAGGGGACAAGGCGCCAGGCGGCCUCACAUGCUAAUGACUGUGAGGCUAAGCCAUCUAAAAUAGACAUGAACUUCUAAUCUGCUGGUGUCACCUUAUCAGCACACACCAAAGGUUUGUCCUUCCACCGGGUGUGUCCAAAGUGUGGCAACUUGUUUUUUGUAUUCUCAAAAUAAAACUGUAUUCAUUAUGAAGCAAAAUGAUGAAAAGUAUCGCAUCGCAUCACAAAGGAUGUGUAAGAGUGAUGAUUUGGAACAGUCCACACACGAACAAUGUGACGAUUGUGACAGGGCUUCACAUUACAUGCUGGUCUUAUCCAUUUUCUAUAGCACUUGUCCUUAUUAGGGUCACGGUUAAGCUGGAGCCGAUCCCAGAGGCGGGGAACACCCUGGACUGGUCGCCAGCCAAUAGCAUUGAAUACGGACUAUUAUUAGUCAAAAAUAUGCAUAUUUUAGCAUCUUUUAUGUCGUUUUUGGGCCGCACGGUGUUCUCGUGGUUAGCACAUUGGCCAACACAGUAACAGCCUGGAGAUGGGGAAGACCUGGGUUCGAUUCUCCCCUGGGCAUUUCUGUGUGGAGUUUGCAUGUUCUCCCCGUGUGUGUGUGGGUUUCCUCCCACAUUCCAAAAACAUGCAUGUUAGGUUAAUUGGAGACUCUAAAUUGUCCAUAGGUAUGAAUGUGAGUGUGAAUGGUUGUUUGUCUAUAUGUGCCCUGCCAUUGGCUGGCGACCAGUCCAGGGUGUACCCCGCCUGUCGCCCGAAGUCAGCUGGGAUAGGCUCCAGCAUACCCCCGCGACCCUAACGAGGAGAAGCGGUAUAGAAAAUGGAUGGAUGGAUAUGUCGUUUUUGCCAAAAUGAGGCUUUUGAGAAUUGAGAAGGCGCAUUCAAAGACGUUGCAGUGACAUGUAGUAUUCUACACUGGUCACUAAGUGACAGUAAUGUUACUGUAAUGUUGGGUGAGACACACAAGCACCAGACUUUUAUUGCCAGUUUGAACGAUGUCACAACAGGCACAAUAAUCCCCAACACUCUACUGUUGGGGCCGUAACCCAUGCCAAUCUAAAACUCAACUCUGAAGCCCCAUCAUCACUUCCUGUCCACCCCCUAUGCAGCUCCCCUAGCACCAGAACACAUUUACAGCAACACACACAAGCACAAGACUUGUGUCCUAUUUUCUCCGAUUGUGUCUAGUAGAUUGGGUAAUAGGAGUAUAACGGUGACUAUGGGGUGUUAUUUCAUCUCUAAGAGGGCUCUAAUGUUAAAAAGCAUAUUUAGAAGGUUGUAAACAGGUUUUCUAUGUCUUGUAUUCUCUUAUUAUGCCUACUAUCUUGUGUCAUAGGAGCAUAAAGGUGACUAUAGGGGUGUUAUUUCAUGUCUUAGAGGGCUCUAAUGUUAAAAAGCAUAUUUAGAAGGUUGUAAACUGGUGUUAUAUGUCUUAUAUUGUCUUAUGUCUACUAUAUUGGGUAAUAGGAGUGUAAAGAUGACUAUGGGGAGUUAUUUCAUGUCUUAGAGGGCUCUAAUGUUAAAAAGCGUAUUUAGAAGGUCAUAAACAAGUUUGCUAUCCUCCAACUAAGAAAGUAUUCUAUUCAUAAAUAAGGAAUUCUACUUUGAGGAAAUUCACUUAUGGUUGGGUCUGGAACCAAUUAACCACCAUAAACGAGGGAUUACUGUAUAAUUAAAGAAAAAAAUUAUUAUUUCAGCAUUUCAGUUUUUUCCUCUUGACAUUAUGCCCUUUUUGCUCUAUUUUCCCCCAACUUUCUUUUUUUGUUUAAUUUGAUUUCUCCAACGUGUCCUGGGUCUUCCCUGUGGCCCUCUAAUGGUCGGACGUGCCCUGAACGUCUCUCAACUGGCCUGGGAACGCCUCGGGACCCGCGAGGAGGGGGUGGACGAAGAAGCCUCUCGUCUUAGGCUGAUGCCCCUGCGACCCGACCUCGGAUAAGCGGAAGAAGAUGAUGGAAUUUCUACAGUGUGCCAAUAAAAAAAAACAAGCCGUGGAAACUGGAUGAUGUGACUCAGCCGAAAUAGCCGGUUGGCACAUCACAGCAUAGUAAAGCAGUCCCUGACACAAUGCCAAUGUGCCUUCUGGUGGUUCUAACCAGUAUAAGGAAUGGAUCAAUCAGAGAGAUCUGACUGGAUGCUUCAUAAAUGCUUUGAAGGAAUGAUACAGCGUUUAUUUUCCUGCCCAGGAUCCAACCUUUGACUCGUAUGGAGGAACACGUUUCUCUUGUAACAUUGGUGCUAAGAACGCUUCGCUAGUAAAAGUAUACUUUAUGCGCCCAAGCAACAUACCGUGAUCCCUCGCAAUAUCGUGGUUUAAUUAUUGCUGCCUCGCUAUAUCACCGUUUUUCAAACAUUAAUAAAUGAUCACUGUUUUGUGGUUGAAUAUGGCCUAUUAGUAAAAAAAAAAUGCAUAUUUAAACUAAUUGUACUUAUUCCUGGCCUAGAUUAAGCAUUUUCAAGCAUAACUUAGUAAAUUAAAUAAAAUACAAACACAAGGCAGAAGAAGCAUCGUAAUUGUGAAUCGAGUAUUGUAUUCUACAUUGGCCACUAGGUGUCGGUGUUGGGUGAGACAGGCACUAAACUCGUCACUAAGGUGCCCCAAGGGCUCACAUUGACUUUGACACUGCUGGAGCAGGAGUUUUAUUUACGUCUUACAUGGUGUAUUUACAUUUAUUCUGUCUACUCUAUCGGGUAAUAUGAGUGUAAUGGCAUUUAAAGCCGCAAGGAUGUACGCUGGAAGUACGCUGUCCAGAAAAAACGAAGAACUAUGUCAAAUAUGCCUUAUUUUCUCUACUAUAUUGGGUAAUAGGAGCGUAACUAUAGGGGUGACUAUAGGGGUGUUAUUUCAUGUCUUGAGGGCUCUAAUAAAGUUAAAACUGUAUUUAGAAAGUCCAAAACAGGUUUUCUAUGCCAUAACUACAAAAAUAUUCUAUUUAUUAAUGUUGAAUCCUACUUCGUGGAAAUUCACCUAUUGCGGUCGGGUCUGGAACCAAUAAACUGCCAUAAACGAGAGAUUACUGUACUUGCAUAGACAUUGUUUCAGUGUUUCUUUACAAACAGACAUCGCCACCUACUCGCCUGGCAUGCAUAUUGCUGCCUUAUCAAUCACUCUUGCAUGUCUGCGUGAGCAUAAAUUGUUUUUUUCUAAAGCUAACAAACAGAAAUUGCACUUUUUUUCCUUUUGUGUCAAGAGUUCUGCUUUGGUGUAGGUGCGCAUUCAACAGAGUGACACUCUAGCUUUACUGUAAAACACAUCUAAUGCUGGCCCGACACCAUCACAUCACCCACUCAUAUAAAAUUACAUUUUUGUUGUUGAUAUUGCCACCGAAACAUUUAUUUCUUGCUUGAAAAAUAUUCAUUUAAAAAGGCGAGGACC